UAUGACAUCUGAGAAGGUGGAAAAGGUAGUGUUCAAUAUUGACUGAUUCGAGAACGAGAGAGAGAGAGAGAGAGAGCGAGGGGUAAAAGUUCGUAGAUUGUGGGGUGUGAAGCAGAGCAAAAUCCGUGUAGUAUCUCAGUUCCACCAUUUCCACUACGGGCUAGCACUUUUUUUUCGUGUUAUAUAUAUAUAUAUGUAUGUAUACGUAUAUAAGAUAGGGAAACUGUAUGCGUGUGUACCUGUGCUCAGUGGAAGGCGUCCGCGCAUGCAUCGGUGGAGGGAAUAAUACUAGCCUUGGGCGGAAAUUUGUUGGUGGAAUUGAGGACUGUUCGUGCUGCUGCAGCCGAAAAUGGGGGUUUUCUGUACUUUGUUUUGAGGCGAAGCGGUUAUUGGGGAAUUAUUGGUUUUAUUUUGUGAAGAAUUGAAGUGCUGAAAGCUUUGGACAGGAAUUUAUUUCGAGUGUGAGUUAGUUUGUGGCGUACUGAGAUCUAUAAGAGGUAGGAAAGCUUUAGCUGGUGAAUUUCUGCUCUUCUCGUUUUUAGCUUGCAACUUUCUGCGUUUGGGGCACUUGUGCGGAUGAUCAACACCAAGUGAUGAAGCUGAAAUUUGUUGCGGUUUGCAGUGGAAUAGGUUUUGGUUGAGCAGGAUUGCGGGGAGCUUUUGGUUUUGUAGUGUAAUAGGUCUCAUGUGAAAGCGUCUAUCAUUUGUAUUUCUUCCAACUUCCGUAUCUAGAGUGCGUGCUGAAUUGGUGGAGGGAGAAGAGGAUAUCAGCCAAAGUCACGUCAUGCGUGGAAUUUUUGGCGGAUUAUUCUGAGGAUAAAGCUCAGGUGUUAUGCUAUUUUGGGGUAUUGAGGAAGUUGCAGUCAUUUAAUUGGUUUAAAGCAUUGAGGUUCUUUGUAUUUUGGAUAGUUUGUAGUUACUAGUGUUGUCUUUGCUGGUCCAGUCCAACCCUAAAGCUAUCGUAAUGUUUGAACCUGCCAAAAUGAAACUCAACUCGGCUUGCCUGAAUCACCAGUCUCCUGAAGCAGGAGAUAAGAACUGCCUGAAUUCUGAACUUUGGCAUGCCUGUGCUGGUCCCCUUGUUUCUCUACCUUGUAUUGGAAGCCAUGUCGUCUAUUUUCCUCAAGGCCACAGCGAGCAGGUUGCUGCAUCUACUAAUAAGGAAGUUGAUGCUCAGACACCAAAUUACCCUAGCUUACUUCCACAGCUGAUUUGCCAGCUUCAUAACGUGACUAUGCAUGCUGACAUAGAGACAGAUGAAGUAUAUGCUCAAAUGACUUUGCAACCAUUGAGUCCGCAAGAGCAGAAGGAGAUUUCUUUCCUCCCAGCAGACUUGGGUGCCCCGAGCAAACAACCAACUAACUACUUCUGCAAAACUUUAACGGCCAGCGAUACAAGCACACAUGGUGGAUUUUCAGUCCCGCGCAGAGCAGCUGAGAAAGUGUUUCCACCAUUGGACUUCUCACAGCAACCUCCGGCUCAGGAGUUGAUUGCAAGGGAUCUUCACAACAAUGAGUGGAAAUUUAGACAUAUAUUUCGAGGUCAGCCAAAGCGACAUCUUUUGACAACAGGCUGGAGUGUUUUUGUGAGUGCAAAACGACUUGUUGCAGGUGACUCAGUCCUUUUCAUAUGGAACGAUAAGAACCAAUUACUUCUUGGCAUACGGCGUGCGACCAGGCCACAAACCGUAAUGCCUUCGUCAGUUUUGUCAAGUGAUAGCAUGCACCUUGGCCUUCUUGCUGCUGCUGCUCAUGCAGCUGCAACAAAUAGCCGAUUCACAAUAUUUUAUAAUCCCAGGGCCAGUCCCUCUGAGUUUGUUAUACCUCUGGCCAAAUAUGUGAAGGCUGUAUACCACACCCGAGUAUCUAUUGGCAUGCGCUUUCGGAUGCUGUUUGAAACUGAAGAAUCCAGUGUUCGUCGCUAUAUGGGCACAAUUACUGGCAUAAGUGACUUGGAUGCUGUUAGGUGGCCAAAUUCACAUUGGCGUUCUGUCAAGGUUGGCUGGGAUGAAUCUACUGCUGGGGAGAGGCAGCCAAGAGUGUCUCUUUGGGAAAUCGAGCCUUUAACAACAUUUCCCAUGUAUCCUUCACCAUUUCCUCUUAGGCUUAAACGCCCGUGGCCACAUGGUCUCCCCUCGUUCUCUGGGAUGAAACCGGAUGAUAUGGGUUUGAAUUCAUCCUUCAUGUGGCUUCGUGGGAAUGGUGAUCGAGGAAUGCAAUUUCUCAACCAAGGCAUGGGGUUCAAUCCCUGGAUGCAACCGAGGCUUGACACACCUCUUCUUGGCAUGCAAAGUGAUAUUUAUCAAGCUAUGGCUGCUGCUGCAAUCCAGGACAUGAGGGUCAUGGAUCCUUCUAAACAGGUCCUACCAUUGAUGAUGCAAUUCCAGCAACCACAAGCAGUUGGGAGCAGGCCUGCUGGUGUGCUACAGUCCCAGAUGCUACAGCAUUCUCAGUCUUCAGCUCCCUUUCUUCAAAAUCUUCCUGGAUCAUCCCCACAGAUGCAUGCCAACCUUCAGCCGCAACUGCUCCAUCAAAACUCAUUCAAUAAUAUACAGAUCCAACAGCAGCAUCAGCAGUCUAUUCCAAUGCAACAACAUCAACAUUCUAUUGAUCCGCAGCAAGCUUCCUCUGUCACACCUAUGCUCUCGCACAUGCCCCUGAACUCUCAGGCCUCAUCUCUGACAAUGCAGCCCGUCUCCAAUGUGCUUCAGAACUUGUCAGAGUCAAAUGGCAAACCCAUUGCAGUGAAUGCUAAUAGUUCGCCGCUGCACAGUCUCAUGGGCUCUGUUACCCAGGACGACACUUCCAGCCUUCUCAAUGUGCCCAGACCAAGCAACUCAUUGUCUUCUAGUGGCUGGCCAACAAAGAGGGUUGCUCUUGACCCUCUCUUUUCCGGAGUCAGCGGAGCACAAACAAUUUCACCACAGAUUGAUCAGUUUGGACCCUCUAACACAAAUGUGACAAACUGUCCGGUCUCUUUGCCCCCAUUUCCUAGCCGAGACUGCUUGAUUGAACAAGAAGGAACUAAUGAUCCACAGAACCAUUCUCUGUUUGGGGUUAACAUAGAUUCGUCGUCUCUGCUUAUUCAGAAUGGCUUGUCAAACCUUAAAGGGAUUGGCGGUGGUUGUGAUAAUGCACCUGCAGCUUUUGCCUCUUCCAGCUACAUGAGUACAUCUGGUGCUGAUUAUUCACUCAAUCCUACCAUGACUUCAAGCAGUUGUAUCGAUGAGUCAGGCUUUCUGCUGUCUUCUGACAAUCUAGGACAUGGAAAUCCACCUGACCGAGCCUUUGUUAAGGUACACAAGUUGGGGUCCUUUGGACGGUCAAUUGAUAUCACGAAGUUUAGCAGCUACAACGAGCUGCGCAGUGAGCUUGCUCAGAUGUUUGGCCUUGAAGGCCAAUUGGAAGACUCCUUGAGAUCAGGCUGGCAGCUUGUAUUUGUUGAUCGAGAAAAUGAUGUUCUACUUCUGGGGGAUGACCCCUGGCAGGAGUUUGUGAACAGCGUGUGGUGCAUAAAGAUUCUGUCACCCGAGGAGGUUCAGGAGAUGGGAGAGCCGGGGCUCGAUCUUCUGAAUUCAGUUCCUCUCCAAAAGUUGGCUGUUCCAAAUGGAAGUUGUGACGGGUAUGCCAACCGACAGGAGGCAGCCAGGAAAAUGAGUGCCGGAAUACCAUCUGUUGGGACUCUGGAUUUUUGAACCGGAGGUUUUGAAAUCAUGUAUCUGCAAUGUAAGUGGAAUAGUAUAAGUACCCAACCUUAAUAAUAUUAAUAAUAAUAAUAUUAAUAAUUAGGGAAGAAAAUUGCUGUUUUUAGCUGAAGCUUUUUAUAUAGCUUCUGUACUACUGCUUUACAGUUUUAGUAAAUUCAGACUUUGGGCAUC